AUGGCCUCGGAGUCGGUGAAGGUAGUGGUGCGCUGCCGACCCAUGAACCAGCGGGAGCGCGAGCUGAGCUGCCAGUCAGUGGUGACGGUGGACUCCGCACGCGGCCAGUGCUUCAUCCAGAACCCGGGAGCGGCCGACGAGCCCCCGAAGCAGUUCACCUUCGAUGGCGCCUACUACAUGGACCACUUCACCGAGCAGAUCUACAAUGAGAUCGCCUACCCGCUGGUGGAGGGUGUCACUGAGGGCUACAAUGGUACCAUUUUUGCAUAUGGCCAGACAGGCAGCGGGAAGUCCUUCACCAUGCAGGGCCUGCCGGAUCCCCCCUGCCAGAGAGGCAUCAUUCCCAGAGCCUUCGAGCACGUAUUUGAGAGUGUUCAGUGCGCAGAAAACACCAAGUUCCUAGUCCGGGCUUCCUAUCUAGAGAUCUACAAUGAAGAUGUUCGUGACCUGCUGGGCGCCGACACCAAGCAGAAGCUGGAGCUGAAGGAGCACCCGGAGAAGGGCGUGUACGUAAAGGGGCUGUCCAUGCACACGGUCCACAACGUGGCCCAGUGUGAGCGCGUCAUGGAGACUGGCUGGAAGAACCGGGCAGUUGGCUACACCCUGAUGAAUAAGGACUCCUCUCGCUCCCACUCCAUCUUCACCAUCAGCAUCGAGAUCUAUGCCGUGGAUGAGCGGGGUAAGGACCACCUCCGAGCAGGCAAGCUCAACCUGGUCGACCUGGCAGGCAGUGAACGGCAAUCCAAGACCGGGGCCACCGGGGAAAGGCUGAAGGAGGCCACCAAGAUCAACCUGUCACUGUCAGCCCUGGGCAAUGUCAUCUCGGCCCUGGUGGAUGGACGUUGCAAGCAUAUCCCUUACCGGGAUUCCAAGCUGACGAGACUGCUGCAGGACUCCCUGGGCGGCAACACCAAGACUCUGAUGGUGGCCUGCCUGUCUCCCGCUGACAACAAUUAUGACGAGACCCUCAGCACGCUGCGCUAUGCCAACCGGGCCAAGAAUAUCAAGAACAAGCCACGCAUUAAUGAAGAUCCCAAGGAUGCCCUGCUUCGAGAGUACCAGGAAGAGAUCAAGAGGCUGAAGGCCAUCCUGGCCCAGCAGAUGGGUCCUGGCAACCUGUCAGCCCUGCUGUCCUCUCAGACACCCGUGGGCCCUGUCCAGCCUGAAGAGAAGGUGCUGUCCCCCACUGUUGUCCAGCAGGACACAGAGGCUGAGAAGCAGCUGAUCCGGGAGGAGUAUGAGGAGCUCCUGGCUCGCCUGAAGGCUGACUACGAGGCGGAGCAAGAGUCUCGGGUCAGGCUACAGGAGGACAUCACUGCCAUGCGCAACUCGUACGACGUGAAGCUGUCCGCGCUGGAGGAGAAUCUGCGCAAGGAGAAGGAAACAGAGGCGGUCCUCAAGGCAGAAGUCCUCUAUAAGGCAGAGGUCAUGUCCAGGGCCGAGUUAGCCAACGGCUCCGAGUACUCCCCUGCUUUGCAGUACGACACGGCAGUGAAGCCCACCAUCCUCUCAAUGCCUGAAACGCUGCCCAUCGACGAAGUCGCCAAGAGCCAAGCCCCCCUCCCAUUUGAGGAACUGCCCCGGGUGGAGCCCCCCAGGUCAGAGAUCUCUUUGGAGUCCAAUGAGUCAUCCACCCAUGAAGACUCCUCCAUGUCAGAGGCCUUCCUCGGACCAGAGGAGCUUUCCAAUGUGAAAUUCUCCAUGCCUGAAGGGCUGGCUGAGGGCAGGUACUUCUCUGAUGGCUACCUCGGCCCAGAGGCUGCUGCAUCUCCACUGAGGGCAGAAAACUACACACAGGGGGGCGAGCCACCACUGGAGCCCCCCCUGCGGAUGUUAACAGGCCUGCAGGACCCCUUUGCUGAUGUGGAGGCAGACGCCCCCCCCAAGCAGCCAUCCUCCACGGACCUGCUGGAGUCCAGUGACACCAAGUCGGAAGUUGAGGUGGCUGACAGCCUCCUGCUCGGGACUGAGCCUGAUCUAGGCUUGAAAGCGGCCCAGGAGGCGGUGCCCGAGGCAGAGACUGGUGUGUGGAUGGAGUCUGAAGCCCACGUGGCCCCGGUGGCCGAGGUGGCCCAGCCUCAGCCCUUGCUGGCCAUGGCAAGCAUGAGAAGGGAGAGCGUGGGCGUGGAAGUGGGUGUGUUGACUGACGAGCUUCAGCCGGUGGAUCAACAGCGGGUGCUGGCUCGCUUGCAGUUGCUGGAGCAGCAGGUGGUUGGGGGCGAGCAGGCCAAGAACAAGGACCUGAAGGAGAAGCACAAGCGGCGCAAGCGCUACGCCGACGAGCGCAAAAAGCAGCUGGUGGCCGCGCUGCAGAACUCGGACGAGGACAGCGGCGACUGGAUGCUUCUCAACGUCUACGACUCCAUCCAGGAGGAAGUGAGGGCCAAGAGCAAGCUGCUGGAGAAGAUGCAGAGGAAGCUCCGGGCCGCCGAGGUAGAAAUCAAGGACCUGCAGUCAGAGUUCCAGCUGGAGAAGAUCGAUUACCUGGCCACCAUCCGCAGGCAGGAGCGGGACUUCAUGCUCUUCCAGCAGCUCCUGGAGCAGGUGCAGCCGCUCAUCCGCAGGGACUGUAACUAUAGCAACCUGGAGAAGAUUAGGCGGGAGUCGAGCUGGGAUGAGGAUAACGGCUUCUGGAAGAUCCCGGAUCCCAUCAUCCUGAAGACCAGCCUCCCAGUAGCAGUUUCAACUGGGCCACAGAACAAGACAGCCCGCAAAACCUCUGCAGCAGACAGUGGCGAGCCACACAUGGAGGAAGACCGGUAUAAGCUGAUGCUCAGUAGAAGUGACAGUGAAAAUAUUGCUAGUAACUACUUCCGGUCGAAGCGGGCCAGCCAGAUCCUCAGCACGGACCCCAUGAAGAGCCUUACGCAUCACAACUCACCGCCUGGCCUCAAUUCCCCUCUGAGCAACAACUCUGCCCUGCCGCCCACCCAGACCCCUGAAAUGCCCCAGCCCCGGCCCUUCCGCCUGGAGUCCCUUGACAUCCCCUUCUCCAAAGCCAAGCGAAAGAAAAGCAAAAGCAGCUUUGGCGGUGAGCCUCUGUGAUCCAGCUGCCUGCUGCUACCUGCCUUUAGGCUUCCAGAAACUUCCAAGUCCUCCCCCAUGAAACCCCACCAGGGCCUCCUCUCCCCUCCUCCACAGUGUCUCCAAGCCCAAGGGGAUCUUAGCCCUGGGAAGACACAUUCCCUUCCCUGUUCCCUAGAGAACUCACUCUGCCUCAGGGCCUGAGCUCUGUGGAAGUUGGGCUAUCCUUCUCAGAGAAAAGCCUGCUCCAGCUGUUUGCAGCAGCCAACAUUCCCAGACUUUCCUGCCACAGAGCCUACACAAGCCACUGUGGCUCUGCCUCCAUGGGCUCAGAUGCCCUGGACCGUCACAAGCACCCUCAACACGGGGCACAGAAGCUGCCACACGGACAAAGCCCAAUAUCUUGGUGACUUAAGAUUUGGGCCUCUGUGUGACUGGCCCCUCCCAAAGGAACCUGUGCCACACAGUGCACACAGACGGAGACCUGAAGCCAGCUGCUAUGCCUGGCUUGCCCUUGGUUGGACCGCAGCCCUGAGAAGGUGCUUCACAGUAAGCUGCCCAAUAAACUGCCUUUUAGAAUCAGCUCCCCUCCCCAACCCUCCGCUUCGUCCUGGGGCCUACCCUGCUGUCCUGGAGAGAGACUGGCUACUGCUUGCAGCAGCACUAGGGGUCCUGUCGACAGCACAAGUGACUAUAGGAACAGAACCAUGUCUUGCUGAGGCAGAAAUGGUUUGGGUUGCGUGCAUGUGAGUGAGUGAGUGAGAGUGUGUGUAGAUCAGAAGGCAACCUCAGGUAUUACUCCUCAAGCACUUUACAAAUCAAGCUAUCUCAC